AUCGGCGGUGCGCUGUGUCCCUCGGACACAGCGGAUCAAUGGAAAGAGCCGAAGAGGUCGGCUCGCUCAUGUGAUCAGCUGUGUCCAAUCACAGCUGAUCGCAUGGGACAUGUACACUGAUCAUCAGAGCACUGAUGAUCAGUGUAGCCCCAGCAGUGCCACCUGUCAGUGCUCAUCCAUGCCACAUCAAUGCCACAUAUCAGUGCCCAUCUGAGCUCCCUUUCACUGUCACCCAUCAGUCCCAGUCAGUGCCACCUAUCAGUGCCAUAUAUGAGUCCUGCCUUUCAGUGCCCAUCAGUGAUGCUUGUCAAUGCCCAUCAGUGCCACCUACCAGUGCCUCCUCAGUGCCACCUAUCAGUGUCCAUCAGUGCAGCCUAUCAGUGCCCAUCACUGCAGCCUCAUUA